AAGUAUGGUUUUCUUUCUGUAUGUAUGUAGACAUCUGAGCAAUGAAACUGAAGGGUGAACUCUCAAGAGAAGUGCUGUAAAUUACAGAAUCCGAAUUUUCGAGUUCUCCUUCAAACCUUAACAAUCCAUUUUUCAGAUCGAUCAAUUAGGUAGAACAAAACGCAAGACUGUCAAUAAUUCCAUCAACAGCAGCAAUUCAAUAUUCAUUGAAAAGUUAAAGAAAUGGGUCUUCUCAGCAUUAUUCGCAAAAUCAAGAGGAAAGAGAAAGAGAUGCGAAUUCUCAUGGUGGGGCUCGAUAAUUCUGGAAAAACAACCAUUGUUCUCAAAAUCAAUGGUGAAGACACUAGCGUUAUCAGUCCUACAUUGGGUUUCAAUAUUAAGACCAUUGCUUAUCAAAAGUAUGCUCUCAAUAUAUGGGAUGUGGGAGGCCAAAAAACAAUAAGGGCGUACUGGAGAAACUACUUUGAGCAGACAGAUGGUUUGAUUUGGGUAGUUGACAGUUCAGAUAUUAGACGAUUGGAUGAUUGCAGGGAUGAGCUGCAUAAUCUCCUGAAAGAAGAGGUAUUGUUCAUCUGCCUCGAGUCCUUCUCCAUAUGGUGCUGGCAUAUAUCUAUGACAAAGCUGAAAGAGCCUUUAAUGGAAUGUGUUAGAAAUCCCUUUCCAAUGUGCUGCAGUCACCAUGGAAUGAUGAUUAGGCUAUCGGGAGCAUCUUUGUUGAUAUUUGCAAACAAGCAGGAUAUACAGGGUGCUCUUUCUCCUGGUGAUGUUGCCAAAGUGCUCAACUUGGAUGCCAUGGAUAAGACACGGCACUGGAAAAUUGUGGGUUGUAGUGCAUACACUGGAGAGGGGCUGCUCGAGGGAUUUGAUUGGCUGGUUCAGGAUAUUGCCUCUCGAAUUUAUGUGCUUGACUGAUGCAAGUCUCUAAUGCAUUGAUCAACCGUAGAAUCUCACAAAUCAAUAGUUUGGCAAAGUCAGGUUUUCUUGUUUCUUUGCUCAUAUCUCGUUGUACGACUUGCUGACGAUUUAUGUCGUGUACAGGAUUACUUAGUUUUAUUGGAGACCAACUUCUCAAGUGGAUCAUUACAUUGUGUGAAUGUGAUUGAGAGAACAAUUUUGUGAACAUAUCAGGGUAGACAUCGGAUGAAAGCGAAUGCGCUUGAGCAUCAGCACUUGUUAUCUCAUUUUCUCAAUCCUCA